AUGUCUCGUCGCCGUGCUUCCCAUAGCGAACCAAUGGGCUUAUCAUCCGCGAUGAACGAGGCGUUUGCCUAUCCGUUCUCUGGAACGCAACAGAACAAUGCUCCACCACGACGGGGUCCGAUCGAGGGACCCAACGGACGAAGGUUGAUUCGUAGAGUCACCUGGCGAUCCUCCACAUACAAAUUGAUGGCCUGUCUGUGGGUGUUGGGCGUUUUCUAUAUUGUCUGGCUCAUCCGAGACAUCUUCUAUUUGCCUUUCACCCCUUCGCAGAAGGGUCCCAUUCGCCAUGAACCUCAAACCGAUUUACUGGCUCAAUAUGUGGGCCGACGUGAGUGCGGCAUCUCUUCUUUGUCCCUCUACAACACCCCGUCAACCGGCGAUGGGCGAGCAUCCAAUCCAGCGUACUGCUCAACCCGAACUGCACUGCUAAGUGCCAUGAGCAAUGGCGGUCGUCACGGGUUUGAUGCUGCGUACACGUCCCAAGGCAACUCUGAGGUGUGUGAGAUCCUGCAGAGAUUCGAUGGGAUAGUUUUUGUUGGGGAUGAUGCCCUAGCCGACGCCUAUGCGGGGUUCAACAUCCUUCUGAGAGAGAAUCUCGCGACCGGCUCUCUUAGAGACUGGGAAAUGGACAAGGACUUGAGCCAGAGAUGUCGAUGCGAGUCUCAAUUCACCCAAGCAGCCUGUCUACCCCUGCGGAUCACCUCGAGUGAUGAAGUUGAUGCACAAAGCGGCAGCCCCGCCUUGCGGACCCCAUACUCGUGCCCCUCCCGUGUAUCUCAUGCUUUCCUCGCCACUGAUGGUUCCACAGCCUCCAAGAGUGCCCGCGACCACUUUCGCCGCCUGACAGGAAGAACCGCGGACCGAAGCAAGCCCGUCCCUGUGAUCUUGAGCCUCUCGCUUUCGACCUCAUACUCCCUCUUGGCCGCUCAGAAGAGCAUGGACGAAUGGCUAUCAAUGGCUAAGGCGACCAAACAAAACACCCCUUUCCUCUGGCUCGGUCCCACCGCCCCUGGCCUCCGGAAGGACGCUAGGGACAACAUCCACGCAUCCAGCUGGCAGUAUUCGCAAGACACUAUCAAGGACGCUCGUGCCCGAGGCAUGGAUGCUUUGGGAUUGUACAAUGCGACGCUGCAGGCCGAGAGCUGGGACGGAAAGCACUACGGUGAGCAAGUCGCUCUGGUGCAAGCAAUGAUGAUCAUCAACUGGCUUUCAACCUUCUAA